GCCGGCGGUAUCGGGCGCCGGCGCCGGCGACGGGUUGCUCGGGUUAGGGCCACGUGGGAGCGCAGCCCGUCCCACGUCAUCGUGCCCGGUGCCUCUGUUAUAACGCGCGGCGCUCACGGUCGCCUUCGAUCCCAGCUCUCUUUUCGCCUCCCUCCCUCACCUCACUCAUCCACCGCCAUGCCUUUCACCGGCUCUGACAUCUGCAAGAUCAUCUUUGCGAUCAUCCUCCCGCCUGUUGGCGUCUUCCUCGAGCGAGGCUUUGGGGCUGACCUUAUCAUCAACAUUGUUCUGACGUGCUUGGGAUACAUCCCGGGCAUCAUCCACGCGCUCUACAUCAUCCUCAAAUACUAGGAGGUGGAAAGCGCUUCAACUUCGCAUGAAUACUCAUGAUCCGUUACGACCACGAACGCUUCUUGUAUUCAUGGACUCUUCACGCUGUUGUAGAUCUACUAGUACUUUGACACGCCGCUUUGCAGUCUAAUGUAGGAUAUACCCCUCACAACGAUUCUACCUAUGAUUGUUGGGAGCUCUUGCCCUGACGGAUGUGGAUACAAUUGACCAAGUUCAUAAGGAAAGAGUGCAUCAGCGAAUAUAGGGUGCUUCUCAGCGCUGAUCACAUACUGUGCCCUUUGGAGCUCAAACCGAAC